AUGAGCUCGUGGUGGGGUGGCAGUGCUGCCACGAUUGAGCUGGACGCACAGAUCGAGAAGGCCACAUCAUCUUCUCUGGAAGACAUAGCCUUGAAUCUCGAGAUCUCAGACACGAUCCGCUCCAAGACUGUGCCGCCCAAGGCUGCCAUGCAGAGCCUCAAGAAGCGUAUUGGCAAUACGAAUCCUAACGUGCAGCUCUCGACGCUCCAUCUCACAGACACGUGCGUGAAGAAUGGAGGCUCCCACUUCAUGCAAGAGAUCGCCAGUAAGGAGUUCAUGGAUGAGUGUGUCGGUCUAUUACGUAAGGAUGGUGGUGCCAUGGGGGAGCGGGAGGUCAGGCAGAAGCUGCUUGAGCUGAUACAGAAUUGGGCCGGAGCUGCGGAAGGGAAGGACAGCCUAAGCUAUUUGAGUGAGACAUAUCGGACCUUACGGAUGGAGCGGUUCACCUUUCCACCCAAGGAGGAGAUAGCGAGUAGUAUCUUGACGCCGGUGAGAGUGGACGAUGGAUGUUACGCGAAGCUAGCUGCGAAAACUGGUAGUGGCGGUACGCCUGGUCCGCAGAGUCCGACUAGUACGAAGAGGACAUUAUGGCAGGAUAGCAGCAUGAACCGAGGAGAGUCGAGGAUGCAACCGCGAGGUGCACGAGUGACGGAUGAUACCUUCGAUGCGGAUCUGAAGAAAGCGCUUGAGAUGAGCUUAGAGGAGAGCAAAGGUCAUUCUGGUGCUGGAUACGUGCCGCAGAGUCAAGUUCAGCAGAGCAAACCACAGACGAACGGCGGUGCUAAGGCGGCACCUAAGAAGGAGGAGGUGGAACUGGAUGCGGACCUGGAAGCCGCGAUAGCAGCGAGCUUGAAGGAUAUGGAGGCUCAAAAGAGCAGGCACGCACAAGAGCUGAAGCAGCAGUCAUCCGCACCUACAGCACCAGCUGCGUCGCAGUAUAGGCCGAACAAUCAAUUCGAGCUGACGCCAGUAGAGGCCGAGAACAUCAACUUAUUCUCGACAUUGGUAGACAGACUGCAACACCAAGCACCUGGCACUAUCCUGCGAGAACCACAAAUACAGGAGCUUUAUGAGGGAAUAGGCACUUUGCGACCAAAGCUGGCGCGAACGUACGGCGAGACUAUGAGUAAGCAUGACACACUUCUCGAUCUGCACUCGAAGCUGUCGACCGUCGUGCGAUACUACGACCGCAUGCUAGAAGAGCGGAUGGCGAGUGCAUACACCUCGAAUCGAUAUGGUCAACCACAAAGGACGAGUAUGUACCCAAGCAUACCUUCUGCAGCUGGCCAUCAAGAUCCGAGUGGCGUCGAGAACUACUACGCAGCUGGUGGAUCCCAGAUGGACGCCUAUGCACCGCAGUCUGCUGGAUACAGUGGCUACCAACAAGCACAGCCAACUUCAGCACCAUAUCCCUCAUACGACAAGCAACGCAUGUCCCAGUAUGGCGCACCAUCUGCAGAUGCAAACUAUUAUCAACAGCAAGCUGCACCGCAGCAAUCGCCCUACCCAACAUUACCACAACAGUCUGUACCGUACCCGACACAGCCUUCAGGCCCUCCGGUAGAAGCACAACAUCCGCCCAUGCGCCGCAGACCGUCACAACAAGCAUACUCACAAAACUCAUCACAAUAUGCGCCCUCACAUACAUCGCAAUCAUCUGUUCCCGCCGUCACAUCGCCACCUGCAGAUGCCAACGCAGCGUUCUACUACGGCGAACAACAACAGCAGCAAGCACCACCCUCGAUGUCAACAUCCCAACAACUUCCGCCUCAGCAACAGCAGCAGCAGCCGCCGAGCCCGGAAAUCUACCAUCAAGCUCCUCCUUCCGCUCAGGCCCCACCCCAGCAGUAUCAACAGCAACAGCCAUAUCCUCCUCACCAACAGCAUCCUCAACAGCAACCGCCUCUGCAAAGACAAUCGAGUCAUCAGUACUACCAACAGCAAGCACCACCGCAGCAACAGCAGUGGCCGCAAGCUCCCGCCGCAAGUGCUGGAUAUGGUCAGGAAGCUUUCCCGCAGGCACCACAGCACGCCCCUGUUCCUGUUAAGGAGGAGAGUUUAAUUGAGCUGUGA